AUACAAUAUAUGGAUACGAUCAAAGUUGGGGCAGUUGGAGGACGUGGUGGAUCAAUUUGGGAAGAAGAAGGAGAUGAAUUAGUUGGAAUUUUUGUUUCUUAUGAUGAGGACAUAGUUUAUUCACUUCAAUUCCUGAAUUAUGUGAAUGGCAAAUUAGAUAUGUCAGCUAAAUACGGUACUAAACAAUGUGAAAUGUACUGUGCAAUUAUGUUGGAUUAUCCAUCGGAAUUUCUUACUUCCAUAAGUGGCUCGUUUGAACGUAUCAACAAAAAGUUAACAAUUUUAAGAUCGAUAAAAUUUUGUACCAAUAAAGGUUCUUAUGGACCAUUUGGUACUCCGUCAACUGAUGGCAAUAAUAUUGACUUCAAUUUUGUAAUAGGAAAUUAUCAAUUUUUUGGUGGAUUUCAUGGCACAUAUAAUUGUAAUGGCAUUGAGAGUAUUGGGUUUUAUGUUAAGAACAUUUCAUCUUCUCAUGUAAUCAAGCUCAAAGAUUCUCCAGUUAAGGUUAAAGAGGAAAAAUAAGAAGAUUAAUUAUAUUUAUAUAAAUAUGAUAUAGUAUAGUUUGUAUUGUUUAUUUACUCAUUUUGUUUUAGCUUUACAUAAUGUAUUUGGUGUUUGGUUAAUAUGUAUGUAUGGAU